AAAAGUAAAACUCCCUAGAUUUAGUUAGGUUUCUGUCAAAUGUUAAUUGACUAGGUUAUAAACAAAUCACACGAUAAUUUUCAAAAUAUUCAGAAAAUCACAAACAUUGUUAAUGAUUUUUCGGCGAAAACAAUGUCUCAAGCCAGAAAUAAGUAUCAAAACAACAACCCCCAUGGCUUGCACGGCAGACCAGACUUCACUAAACACAAGAAAAAGUUUCGCUUUCAUCAGAGGCCCUAUGAUCGGUUUCAUUAUUACAAUGGGUAUCAACCACGCUGGAACACCGGACAUUGGAGGGAAUGCUUUGUUCCAAGACAAGCCCCCCGCAAGCAACCUUCGCGAUCACCAUCACCGUUCUCAGGCACAGAGGAAUACACCCAGCGAAAGAUACAAGAAACGAGCGAUAUGAUUAAAAAACAGCUGAUGAUGCCGCCAGAGGCUGAUGAAAUUGUUAACAAGGAGCCACCUCCUGAGGCCCCAACUCAAAGCGAAGCCACUCAAAACGACAAAAUGUCCAGUAAGAGCGAAAAAAGCGUCGCAAAGCCGAAGAAAGUCGCGCAUUACAACGUUGAAGAAAUCCACAACAAAAUCAUAACCCACAUCAGCAAAUUGAGCCAUGGAAAGAAAAUGAAUCUGAUCUGUUCCACCUCCUCUGGGUAUGACAUUGCCAUCCAACAGAUCCAGAAGCAAAAACGAUUAGAGUUAUCAAAGGUUUUGCGAGAUAUGUGCAACAGCCCAGCGGUGGAAAAUAGUGAGGUUAUAAACGCGAUUAUUCCCGAUAUUGGCAUAAAAAUCGGAGACUUACCCUUAGAGGUGAUCCAGGAGCUCAGCAGCACGUUAGACUUGAAUUUUGACGACUCUUCAUUUUGGGAAAGUGGCGAUGACACUCAAAACGUCAAAUCUGAAGUUUGUGAAAACGUCACUGAAAAACAAAUGAACAUGACAGAAGAAGUUUUGAACAUCAAGGAAGAGGUUUUGAACAUCAAGGAAGAAGUUAAUCAAGAUCAAAGUGAAUUUGAUGACUCAACUUCGAUUUUUAAUAUCAAACAAGAGUUUAUUUCUGAUAAUGGCUCAUUGGACGAGACAAAAUUGUUUGAAGUUACUGAAGAUCCGUACAAUGAGCUGCAAGCACCAUCCACCGAAAAUAAAUCUCAAGUGUUUGCGGCACAGCCCGUUUGGUGCGAAUCACAGACUGAUUUUGUAGAGUUUCAUUCCAUUGCAUGUCAAACCGACCCAAAUAGCUGUAAGUUUGAAGUUCGAGAGAAUGUAGAGAACUUGGAAGACGCCGUGAAAGUGAUGCUUGAAAUUGAUAAUGAAAUAGCGCGACUGACGAAGCUAAGACAAACAAUUUUUACUAAGCUACAAGCUAAAAACAUGUUGAAAAAUCAAGUAAAUAAGGGCAAAAGUAGCCAGAAAAAGUCUCCCGCCAAUAAGUUGAAAAAUAAACUAAUUAAGCGAAGUUUAAAACUUAAGUCAGAAGCUGCUCCAAAGCGUAAAAAAAAGUCGAAUGUACAACCUCAAGCCAUGAAGGUGGCGAUCGACUGUGUUUACGAGGACCCCAACUUACAAGACCCAAGCACGAAGCAAGUGACUGAUUGUGUGUAUGAGAAACCGCUGGAGUUUAGCGUUUCUUCAGAGAAAAUUUUGGUGCUAAAGUUAAUUGAUGAUGUCCUUCUGGCCGCCUCCGAAAGCGGCCGAAUUUUCUACAUAAAUACUCAAACUGGUGCAACCGAAGCCACUCUCCAAGUGUCUCAAACCCCGAUCACGUGUCUAUGUCACAUAAAAACGCCCUCAAAUGAAUCCCACUUAUUGGUGGGUUCGUUUGAGCCUUGGCUCCGCGUGUAUCACUACACCACCCGUUUACUGAUCACCAUUAGCAACAUUUUUGAAUGCGUCCAAUGCUUGGAAUACGCGUGGAUGUGCAUUUUCAUUGGCACAACCAACGGCAGCCUGAAGCGUUAUUCUCCAAAGCAAAGACUGAUAGAAUUUGAGGACCGCAUCUCAGAAGAGGCUGUGCUUGUGCUGAAGGCAACGAAAGAGGGCGCUCGCCGCGUCCUAUUGGUGGGUUCCCGCAACGCUCCGGUGUGUGUUAGGGACGCGAUGUCGGGGCUGCGUUUGAGAACUUUGGGGGAUUGCGUGACACCAACUGUAUAUAGUUUACUGCUGGAGAACAAUAUGGUUUAUUGUGGGACGAUGUCGCACGAUAUUUUAGUUUUUGGGUUUCAUAAUGGAUUUUUGGUCCACAAACACGAAGCUACGAAUUCCAAAGGGAUUUGUUGUAUGAAAGUUGUUAAAAAUUUGCUUUACGCCAGUUGCUACAAUGGAAAGAUUUAUGUUUAUAAUGUUAAAAGCCAUAAGUAUGUCGGGAUGAUUGAAGGGCCAGGAGGUGUGAUACUCUCAAUGGAGGUUUUUAAAAAUAUGCUGAUUGUAGGGACGAUGUCGCAUAAUUUCAAGUCGUUGUUAAUUCCUGAUUACAUUCUAGAAAAUGGGAAGGCCUGAUUUUACCAUUUAUGAUUAUGAAUCUCGAGAAGCGGGCAUUGAUUUUCUAGUCGGUUUAGUUUUUAAAAAUACAUGUACGAUUAAGAUUUGCUAUGAUUAUUUUUUUAAAUAAAAUUUUUACGAUUC